AAUCUUCCUCUCUCUCUCUCUUCCCCUCUCUCGGGCAAGGUUUCUCUUGCUGAUACGCUUCGAAUUCGAUUACCUUGUGCGUAUAGGUUUCCUCUACCUCGCUUCUUCGCUUUCUGGUGUUUUGUGGCACAAAUUUCAGGUUUGGUGAUUUAAAGUAAAAUGGAGCUGAGUUCCAUUAAAGAUGCUUUUGAUCGUGUUACGAAGAAACAAAAGCUGUCCCGUUCAAAAACUCAAGAAGUGAUUGACCAGAUUGUCCAAGAAAUUGAAAAGGCAUUGGAAAAAAUGCAAUCAGCCCGUGACUGUGUCUCCCAACUUGAUUAUAAAAAUUCCCUUUCUGAUCUUCGAACCAUACUGAAGGAUAUUGCUCCACUCAGUCAGCUGGAAGGCACACAAAAGGAGCUGAACAUAGCACUGAGCAAGUAUGCAAAGCUUCUUGAGAAAUCAUUCAAUCCAGAUAUAUCCAAGGCUUAUCGGAACAGUGACUUUGACGCACACAUAGUGAACCAGGUAAUUGCCAGCCAUUUUUACCGGCAGGGCCUGUUUGACAUUGGCGACUGCUUCAUAAGUGAGGCCAGGGAACCAGAAUCUGCCGGUGCUUUGAAAUCCCCAUUUAUGGAAAUGUAUCAGAUAGUUGAAGCUAUGAAGAGUCGGAACCUAGGGCCAGCACUGAACUGGGCAGCCAACAACUCUGAUAAACUUAAACAAAAUGGAUCAGACCUUGUUCUGAGACUUCACAGCAUGCAGUUUCUGGAAAUACUUGAAAAGGGAGGCAGAGGUGAAGCUCUUAAGUAUGCCAGAAGUCACCUCACCCCUUUUGCUUUCAACAAUAUGGCUGAAUUGCAGAAGCUCAUGGCCUGUCUUCUCUGGGCUGGAAGACUUGAUAGCUCCCCAUACUCUGCAUUACUAUCGCCAACUAACUGGGAAAAACUAGCCGAAGAGCUAACCAGGCAGUUCUGCAAUCUUCUUGGGUACUCUUACGAGAGCCCAUUGGGUGUGACUAUAGCAGCAGGUGUCCAGGGGUUGCCUCCUCUUUUGAAGUUUAUGAAUGUGAUGGCAGGGAAGAAGCAUGAAUGGCAGACUAUGAAGCAGUUGCCUUUACCAGUGGAGUUGGACAGGGAUUUUCAAUUCCAUUCCAUAUUUGUAUGUCCAGUGUCUAAGGAGCAAUCAACCGAAGAUAACCCACCAAUGUUGAUGUCUUGUGGCCAUGUCCUGUGCAAGCAGUCUAUCACGAAGAUGUCCAAAAACAGCACAAAAUCUUUCAAGUGCCCUUUCUGCCCAACCGACAUCGAAGCAACUCAGUCGGGGUUGUGGCGAUGGUGGCAAAAGCUGACGGUCUGUUGUGAUGUAAUGUCUUUUGAUGUAUUGGUUGUAAAUAGACAUUCUUUCUCUGUUGGUAAUGAAAAUCUAGGUCAAUUCUCUCCAAACAAAUUAUAAGGCAAGCUCUGGCUACACCAUGAAGGGGACAUAUAUAUGCUCGGAUAAAGCCCCACAGCCCCAAGCUUGCUAGGAGAUGUCAAUGUAGUGGGUAUCUCUAUCUCUGUCUCUGAUAUGGUGGUAGCCCACCAUAGAGCCUUGGCUAUUUCGAUUUCCUUCUAGUCGUUUUGCAGUCUAGGGUUUAUUUUUCCUUCAAGAUUUCAGGUACGUUUUUUUUUAAUGUAUUUACUUUAAUUUUAGGUGGACAAUAGCAGUUUAUCCCAACGAGUCCGUCGAGGGUAAUGGUAGUAAUCUCUUGACCCUUGGGUGAGUUGCUAGUUGCCACCCCUAAUUUAGAUUUUUUGUUUUUGCCAGAAAUUAAAAACAAACUUGUAAGUAUAAUGUUACUCUUAAAAUCCUUUUAUUAUA